AUGAGUUUGGUUACCUUAUGGCUCACUGAUCCUUUACACUCCGCUUUCUCUCAGUCAGCUACCAUGGCAACAGACGAAGACUUAUCAUAUUCUGACGAUGCAUUUGAAGGGGAAGACAAAGAAGAUACAGAUAUGCUAAACUCAGCAGAAACUUACAACGACUACCAUCAACAAAUACUUUUUUAUCGCAAUUUUGACUCAGUUUCAGGACGAAGUCUUCAAAGACCUAAAACAAGAAGAAGACGAUGGACUCAGCGAGACAUGACAAACGCGUACAACGCAGUCAAGUAUCAGGGAAUGUCGCUUCGUGGAGCUGCGACAGCCUUUAAUGUUCCCGAAUCUACUCUUCGUGACAGAGUUCAUGGAAGAGUCAGUUUAGAAUGCUCUCGACCAGGCCCCCCAACAUUUUUCACCUAUGAAGAGGAAAAGAAGAUGGUGGAUCAUAUCUUAUUCAUGAGUAAAAUCGGUUACCCAUAUACCCGAAAUCAAGUAGUCGAACUGGCUGGAGACAUGACUAAAGCGGUCGGGCGGAUCGCUCCAUUUAAAUACCUUAAUCCAAGUCAGGCCUGGUUUUAUGCUUUUCUUAAUCGAUGGCCAGACCUAAAAAAUUUCUUGUUCGGACCUCGAAGUAAUCGAAAAUCUAAGGGAGUUUCAGGUGAUUCUAUACAAUCCUAUUUUGAACAGCUCGAAAAGGUUCUAAAUAAAUAUGGGAUCAAAGACAAGGCCGAACAUUUUUGGAUUGUUGACGAAGUAAGCAUAAGCUGCGAGAACCAACCCCCACGUAUUCUUCCCAUCAGUAUACAACGAGCUCAAUCUGUUAGCUAUUGGAAUCCGACUGUUGCAAUGCUUGGAGCUGCUAACGGUGUUGGUGAAAAAAUCCCUCCUUUCCUUAUUUAUCGAGGUGAUGGGAUAACAUCAUCUAUGAUGGAAGGAUCCGUACGAGGGACUAAAUUUUCAUAUUCAGCUUCCGGUUGGGUUAAUUCUGAUGCUUUUAUUCAAUGGUUUCUUAAACAUUUCCGUGUAUUAGUAUCUGUUCGACCGCUUAUAUUAUUUUACGACGGUCAUUUACAAUUUGUUAGUGUACGUGUCUUAGAACGCGCUCGUGAAGACGGCGUUUUCCUGUUUCCACUCCCUCCCCAUCCAGCUUAUAAUCAUUGCGUAGAAAAUACAUGUUUCUGGGCAUUUCAGGGUUAUUUCAAAAAACGUUUGGAUCGCUUUUUUGAACAAAAUCCUAACCAACCACUUUUACGUAAUAACGCUUCACCUAUAUUGACUCAUGCUUAUGAAAAAGCUUUACAACCGAAUAAUAUGAUUAGUUUGUUUGAAAGAUUGGGAAUUUGCCCAUUUAACAAUUUAUCCUCAUCUAUUGGCGCCUAUUUGAACAUGACAGAAGAUUAUGAACAAAAUAGUUUGGCUGUAGAAAAUGUGGAUCCAUAUUUAGUUAAUGAAAUGGCGAAUCCUUAUAACCAGUGGUCUAAACUAGGAUGUGCAUCAAACUACCUCAAUUAUGUUAAUCCAAAUGGAGAUUCAAAAGACCAUGCAAUCAAUUCCUCGAAUGAUUCGCAUCAUCCAGUUGCAGCUGUCACUAAACUAGCUACGUAUGUAACUGAUAAUACUGAAAAUCCCUUAACUUCCAAUUCCACUGUGGUGAAUUCCAAACCGACUGCAACUGUUCUUACUUCCCAUGAAAACACAUUUAAAACCCAACAUACUGUUUUAACACAGUUUUCUUCUUCAGGGCGAUCAGUUACUAUACGUUUGCAUGGUCCCGCAGCAAAUGCUAUUCAACCUGUUUCUUUGCAUGAAGAAUUUUCAUUUCAUCAGAUCAAAGAUCCUCCGUCAUUUGACGUUUUAGCUAGUUCAGAUGUGGAUAUUUCGCAUGAAGAAGAAGUUGACUGUGAAGUUUCUAAUUCUCAAUUAAUACAAAGUGAGACAUCUGGUCACACUAGUCAGUAUUUCCAGGUAUCUGAAACAGAAAGUGGUCAUGGUCCUGUGAACGGUGGAGUUAUUGAAAGUAUUGAUGGAGUGGAAGAUGGUGAAGCACUCGACUUUUGUGUUGUUUGUGGUCAGUUAGAACCUCCAGAGUUAUCUUGUCAACCAAUUUCUGAUCAGGCUAAUGCUGAUGAUUUACAGGUUAUUGAUUGGGCACAUUGUGAUUAUUGUAACCGUUGGGUGCAUCUUAAUGGCUGUUGUAGUGAGGGUGCUGUAAUAGGAAAUAAUUCAUUUAUGUGUGUUGUUUGUCGGAACGAUAGUACAACAACGGUGGGAAGUGUAUUAAUGCUUUCUAUUGUUUCUAAAACUGUAUGGAAAGUACUGUCAGCUGGAAACGCGUAUCCGUCAAAGCAAUUUAUAUCCACUUCUAUCGGUUUACAUAAAAAACCUGGAUUGUCAAAUCAUAAAGGAUUUGCGAUAAUAUCUAGAGUUACUGGUCAAAAAGAAGAUCUUUGGAAGUUGUACAACGAGGUGGUUUAUCCUCCUGUACCUAAAGUUUCAAGCUCAGCUCUUUGGGAUACUAGCAUACGACCAGGUGAAGUUACCCAUCGUCGAGAUGAUAUUUUAUACAGCAGCAAAAGACUGUGGAUGCUAGCCCACUUGAUUCGUGGACGAUCUGUAGAUGAUGCUUUCGCACAAUUAGGAUUUCGUACUGAAAAGGGAGCUAGAAUCCUUGAAGAGGUGAUAGAAGAAGCCAUUGAACUAGCAGUUAAGGAGCACGAUUUUGAAUUCUGUACAAAAAUUUGGAUAGAGUCAGCGCAUGUUUCACGAGGUCGCAUGGUUCCUCGUUUAUACAAAGGCUUACGAUCUAAAGUGGAGUCGAAUAAAUUUCAUUACACAAAUUUGUAUAUACGUCUUCGAGAAGGUGAUCCUCCGAAAAUUUAUCAUCCAAAUGAUAUUAAAGGUGUUUGGACUCCAGCUGCAACAUGUCCACCAGAAGGUAGAUCUUGGGGUUCAACACAAGAAAUGGUACAUCGUGAAUUGGAAAGAUUGCGUGGAAGACGAUUAAAAGGAGAUUUAUAAGUGAAUAUAUAGACAUAUAGUUUUUGUAAAAAUACGAUAAACUAGUCGAAAUUUUCAUCUGUACAGAAAACACCUCUUACCAUACAAAAGCAUUAAAUCUUUUCGUCUUAUGAUGACAUGAGUUUUCCUUUGUCAAGUCAAGUAAUUUAUUAAUGAGUCUUAUAUCAUUAGAAUACUCACUAUUCUUAAGCACUUAAUGGUUUAGAUUGUUAAUAAACAACCAAUAGAUGACAAUAAUAAAAGCACUUAAUUACAAGCU